ACAGUUGUGCCAAUUCACUUUGCGGCAUAACAACAGGCUGGAGAGAAGAUGUCCGGCCAUGGCCACGGCCACGGCCACGGGCAGUGCGAGUGUGAGGGGCACCGGGACCCCGUCGAGACGGGCGUGGAGUACGGCCUCUACAAGAAGAUCGACCACGAGAGGUUGGAGUGUCUGAACGAGUCCAGCGAGGGCUCUGGCAAGUUGGUCUUCAAGCCCUGGGAGGAGAGGCAGGACCGCACAAAGUACGUAGAAAGUGAUGAUGAACAAGAGUUGCUGUUUAAUGUUCCUUUCACAGGCAAUGUAAAGCUCAAAGGAAUAAUUUUAAUGGGAGAAGACGAUGAUACCCAUCCAUCAGAAAUGAGACUUUAUAAGAACAUCCCAAACAUGUCGUUUGAUGACACAGGCAGAGAACCUGAUCAAGUAUUCAAGUUGAACCGAGAUAUCACAGGGGAGCUGGAAUAUACCACAAAGGUGGCGCGUUUCUCCAGUGUUUAUCAUCUUUCAAUUCACAUUGCCAAAAAUUUUGGUGCUGAAAUUUCAAAAAUUUAUUAUAUAGGAUUGCGAGGGGAGUGGUCAGAGAGCUACAGACAUGAAGUGACACUUUGUACAUAUGAAGCCUCAGCCAAUCCGGCAGAUCACAAAAUUGACAGCUUUACUCCUCACACACACUUCAUUGCUUAAAACCAGUCCUUUGAAGCUGCAGCAUACCAUGAAAAAGGAAAGACCCAGACCACAGUACUUCUGGAAUAUGAGAAUACAGUAAAUAAUUAGUGGAACAGAUCGCUAUAGAACCUCCAUGUGGUUUUGUAAAGGUGUGAUGAACAGAAGAUUAAUAACAUUUGCCAUUUAAGUAAGAGCUUGCAGUUGCUGCUUUUGAUUUGUAAAUGUUGAAACAUCUAUUUGCACUCAAGUAUAAGUAGCUGGUUGUUGAUAUUCUUGGUCAAAAAUAAAUUAUUUUCUAUAAAAUGACGAUAUCUAAUUUUGGUAUCUUAACAUGAAUCGUGUCCUGCCUGUUUUUUUAAUCUCCCUGCAACCCCUUCCAAGUGCCUCCCAAUAAAAUCCACUCAUUACAGUAAUGUUAUGAUACUUGGCUCUGAAUUUAAUGAUUUGGCCCACAGCAACAACCAUUAAAAGCUACAUAUUUUUUGUAAAUUAUAAAGAUUAAAUUAGCUUUAAGAAGAAUUGUAGACCUAAGAGAAAAUGUUGAUCCAACAUCAUGAUGAACUAUCUAGGGUAUCUAUUGGGGGCAUCCAUUUUGUAGUGUCCAUUAGAUACUUGUUGCAUGCCAGAGUGACCAUAGACUAUCAGAAAUGUUGAGUUGGAUAUAAAGAGCGACAUCUUUAACUCUUCUAUCAGUAAUGCACAGCAAACCAAUUUGUCCAAAAGUGUAUUGACAAUGAAUGAAAUGAUUCAGCAACCUGUAUGUCUAUAGAACUUACUAGCAGAUUUUAUUUCCUUUUUUUGCUUGCUUUUUCCCCCCCAUAUGCCUUAGUCAAUUGAAUUGGAUCACCUCCAGGCAAUCAAAUUCCCAUGUCAUUUGAGUAUCAAUUAGGUGAAUGGAAGCUUACUGUACAGCUGGUGUUAAUAUGACAUGCGAUUAAUUGGUUUCAUGGUUUAUUUGCAGAAAACACUUACUGGGUUCGAAGUUUUCUUUGUAUUUGGACUUUGUGAGACAGUACAACCGUGGUUUUGUGUAAAAACUAAAAUGUGACUCCUAUUAAUUGAACGUGAUCUGUCGCUUCUUAAACAGUGCAAAUAGUUUUGGUAAUGUUGGCUACUGACUUUUUUUUAACAAAAUGCAUUUUAUUUUAUUAAAAUAGCUGCACCACAAUUGUUUCAAACACAAAUGAGUGAAUGUGCUGCCUAGGUUAUACAAUAUUGCAAAGAAGCAGAAUGUAAAGCAAGGAUAUGAAAAUAAAUCCUUCUGUCUGUUAAUAUGCAUCCUAUUGUAAUGUUCAUCAGAGCCAGUCUGAGAUGGCCAUGCUGCCUGAAUUGUGAUAGAUAAUAGAAUUCUGUAAAACCCACAGAAUUUACAAAAAUUGCUUUACAUGGAAGGAAGUGAGAACCAAUGGUUCUGAGGAAGCAAAUGAAAUGAAAUCAAUGAGAGGUGCCCUUCCAAAGAAACGUGUCACGUUGAAAAACUGUUAUUUGUCAUCAAUGGUAUGAAAUAAAGAUGGAAUUUUUUUCUCUUCUUCCAGAA